AUGAGCACUUCACAAUAUUCGCAUUAUGAUGAAAAUCUGCUCACUUCCAGUGUUGUCAUUGUCUUCCAUAAUGAAGGAUGGUCAACCCUCAUGAGAACAGUCCACAGUGUAAUUAAAAGGACUCCAAGAAAAUAUUUAGCAGAAAUUGUGUUAAUUGAUGACUUCACUAAUAAAGGAGCCAACUAUUACAACUUAAAAGAAAAACUAGAAGACUAUAUUAAGCUGUGGAAUGGCCUGGUGAAGUUAUUUCAAAAUGAAAGAAGAGAAGGUUUAAUUCAAGCACAAAGUAUUGGUGCUCAGAAGGCUAAAUUUGGACAGGUUUUGAUAUACCUUGAUGCUCAUUAUGAGGUGGCAGUUAACUGGUAUGCACCACUUGUAGCUCCCAUAUCUAAGGACAGAACUACAUGUAGUGUGUCUCUAAUAGGUUACAUAGAUGGGAAUGAUUAUUCCAUUGAACCACAGCAAGGUGGGGAUGAAGAUGGUUUUUCCAGAGGGGCCUGGGACUGGAGUUUACUAUGGAAACGUAUUCCUCUAAACCACAAGGAAAAGGCCAAAAGAAACAAAACUGAACCCUAUCGGUCCCCUGCCAUGACUGGAGGAUUAUUUGCCAUUGAACGAGAGUUAUUCUUUGACAUGGGUCUCUAUGAUCCAGUUCUCCAGAUUUGGGGUGGUGAAAACUUUGAGAUCUCAUACAAGAUAUGGCAGUGCGGUGGCAAAUUAUUGUUUGUCCCUUGUUCUUGUGUGGGACACAUCUACUGUCUUGAGGGCUGGCAAAGAAAUCCUCCACCUGUUUAUGCUGGGUCUUCUCCAACUCUGAAGAAUUAUGUUAGAGUUGUAGAGGUUUGGUGGGAUGAAUGCAAAGACUACUUCUAUGCUAGUCGUCCUGAAUCAAAGGUAUUACCAUAUGGAGAUAUAGCUGAGCUAAAAAAAUUUUGAGAUCACAACUGCAGAAGUUUCAAAUGGUUCAUGGAAGAAAUAGCUUAUGAUAUCACCACACACUAUCCUUUACCACCCAAAAAUAUUGCCUGGGGAGAGAUCAGAGGCCUUGAAACUGCUUACUGCAUUGAUAGCAUGGGGAAAAGAAACGGAGGUUUUGUUGAACUAGGACCCUGCCACAGGAUGGAAGGGAACCAGCUUUUCAGAAUCAAUGAAGCUAAUCAACUCAUGCAGUAUGACCAGUGCUUGACAAAGGGGUGUGGUGGAUCCAAAGUUAUGAUUACACACUGCAAUCUAAAUGAAUUUAAGGAAUGGCAGUACUUCAAGAACCUGUACAGAUUUACUCACAUGCCCUCAGGAAAGUGCUUAGAUCGCUCAGAGGUCCUACAUCAAGCGUUCAUCUCCAAUUGUGACUCCAAUAAAAUGACUCAAAAGUGGGAAAUGAAUAACAUCCAUAGUGUUUAGAAAGAACAAAAGAAACCAAUAACCUACCUACUGACAGGUAAAUUUAUUCAGGACUGAAAACCGCCUGAAACCUGCUGCAGCUAUUAACUCUGUACAGCU